UGUGUGUGUGUGUAUGUACAUACACCUGAAGUUCAUCACUAGAUCAGCUCCACUGAGACAUGAUGAAGACUUUAUUUCUGUUGCUCCUCUUCUGUCACGUUGUAUCUCCAGUGACUCACUCCCUGCACUUUCUCUACACUGGCGUGUUUGGAGACCAAAAAUGGCCGGAGUUUGUCGGUGUUGCGAUGGUUGAUGGAGCUGAGGUGAUUUACUGCGACAGCAACAUCAGUCGAGCUGAACCCAAACAGGACUGGAUGACAAAAGCCCUGGAGCAUGAUCCAAAGCACAUGGACUGGUUCACUGAAGAGUGUCAUGCUGGUCACCGCUCCUUCAACGCCAUGAUGAAGACUCUGAUGGAGAGCUUCGACCAAACUGGAGGUGUCCACAUUUACCAGAGGAUGUUUGGCUGUGAAUUGGACGAUGAGACUGAAGAAGUUAACGGUUAUAAUCAGUUCGGUUAUGAUGGAGAAGAUUUCAUGGCAUUUGAUGUAAAGACAGAGACAUGGAUCGCUCCAACACCACAGGCUGUCAUCACCAAACACGAGUGGGACACUGACAAAGCUGCGUUAGCUCACAUUAAGAGCCUCCUCACCCAGCUCUGUCCUGAGUGGCUGAAGAUGUUCGUGAACUCUGGGAAGAGCUCUCUGCUGAGAACAGAGCCUCCCUCAGUGUCUCUCCUCCAGAAGACUCCCUCCUCUCCAGUCAGCUGCCACGCUACAGGUUUCUACCCUCACAGAGCUGUGAUGUUCUGGAGGAAAGAUGGAGAGGAUCUUCAUGAGGACGUGGACCAAGGAGAGAUCCUCCCCAACCAUGAUGAAACCUUCCAGAUGAGAGUUGACCUGGACAUUUCAUCAGUCACACCUGAAGACUGGAGGAGGUACGACUGUGUGUUUCAGCUCUCUGGAGUGAAGGAGGACAUCGUCACCAAACUGGACAAAUCAGAGAUCAGGACCAACUGGGGAAAAAUUGGGAUUAGAAAGGAUGAAGGUGGUCAACAGAUUCUAAACUCAACCAUUUCAGGUAAAGCUGGAAUCAGACAUAACAGAGGUGGGAAACACACAUGUAGUUUAUUUCACCUGAUUUUCUGCACAUGCGUUUUGAACAAGCAGCACUCAAACCAAACUGGAGGUGUUCACAUCAUCCAGCAGAUUUUCGGCUGUGAUUGGGAUGAUGAGACUGAGAAGGUUAUAGGUUAUAACCAAUAUGGUUAUAAUGGGGAAGACUUCCUCACAUUUGACCUGGAGACAGAGACGUGGAUCGCUGCAAACCCCCAGGCUGAAACCACUAAACAGGAGUGGGAUGGAAAUACAGCUAAUAAUAGGCAUUGGAAGAACAUCAUCAUCAACGUUUAUCCUUUCUGGCUGAAGAAGUAUUUGAUCUAUGCAAGUGGUUUUCUGGGUAGACCAGAGCUUCCCUCAGUGUCUCUCCUCCAGAAGACUCCCUCCUCUCCAGUCAGCUGCCACGCUACAGGUUUCUACCCUCACAGAGCUGUGAUGUUCUGGAGGAAAGAUGGAGAGGAUCUUCAUGAGGACGUGGACCAAGGAGAGAUCCUCCCCAACAAUGAUGACACCUUCCAGAUGAGAGUUGACCUGAACAUUUCAUCAGUCACACCUGAAGACUGGAGGAGGUACGACUGUGUGUUUCAGCUCUCUGGAGUGAGGGACGACGUCGUCACCAAAUGAACAUAGUGGGUCUCCAUUUACCCAGAGUUUUAGGUUCUGGGGAGUUGGCAAUACAUCAUAAGUUGCCCCUAUCAAGAAUCUAAUACUACUUUCCUCCAUACUCCACAGCUCUUUCCAGCUAAGCUUUUUCUUGUCUACACCUUCCCAAUUCACCCACUGUCCCUGCUUAGCCUGGGCCACUGCCUUAGCACCCCUUAAUAUUUCCUCCUGUCUACGAACCUGCUCCACGACUAGCUUUCUCUUCUCCUUGGGACCUGCUCUACUCCACACCGGUUUGCUUGGGCCAAGCCUCAAGCCUCCCCGGCCUAUUUGGACAUUACCCACAAUCUCUGUAUGCCUAAGCAUUGCUUCUGCCUCCUGCACUGCGAUUCUUGGAUUCCACUUUCUCCCCUUGAUUGGGUUUGGAACCACCUUACUAACUACCGCAUCUUUGCUCCCAGAUAACAGGAGCUCUGUCCUAACCUUUGUACAUUUAAACUCCUCCACUAGACUAGUUACUGGGAGCUGAAGUAUGCCUUUCCCAUACAGUGCCACUGUGCUUAAACAUCUAGGAACACCUAGCCACUUCCUAAUGUAAAAGCUAACUAAUCUUUCUAAUAUGUAUGAUUGUAUAUAAUUUUGGUAACUGAUGACUUUCCAUCAAGGAAAGCAAGAAAGGUCAUCAGGCUUUAGAUGACAAUUUCUGCAAUUCAAAAUCUACGUGGUUUGUUUAAAGUGUGCAAUAGUGUAACAAUUAGGUUCUUAAGUGUGUUAAUCUAUUUGUGGAAUGGAUCAUUUGUGCAAUUUAGUAGUUUUAUUCUCUAAAUUAUUCUUGCUACUUUAUUUAGGUAUUUAUGAUUGUAUAUAAUGGGUAUGUAUUGCCAGAGGAGUGGCUUAUGAACACAAUGCUGGUUGUAGGAUCUUCCUGACUUACUGGGGAAUUUUCUUGGCUUAAUAAACAUUUCUUUUUUCGUUCCUGGUUUGAUCUGUUUCACCAACAGAGAAGUUAGUUAGAGAAGGUGUCGUGCGUCAGGGGCUCAGUAGAUUUAUGACAACACAGCCUGACACCCACUGUAGGGUCCAAUGACAGGUCAAAACAUCAUUUGCAAUAACAUGAACACUGGGCAUUUGAAAUGUCACAUCCCAAUCCUGUUUUUCAGUUUCAAAAUCAUAGCUUAAACUUUCAAAACUUAGUUUUAAUGUGAUGAUUUCUAAUUGUAGUCUAACCUCAUCAAAACAAUGUCACAGUCCUUUACAUAUCUCUGUGUGUACAAUGAGUAAAUGAUGUAAAUAAAUCAGAUUG